AUGGAUUCAAAAGUAAUUAAAAAUGAUUUUAUGUGUAGUAUUUGUCGCGAUGAGGAUGAGCUGACAAAUUUGAUGACCUGUUGCUCGUGUAAGGGAACGGGUGCUUACGUCCACUUCCAGUGUGUGAAGGAAUGGAUGCAAACGAGUGGUCGCGACACUUGCAAUGUAUGUAAAACCAAAUAUGAAGGCAUAGAGUUCACACAUCGACCCAAAAGUUAUUUAACAUUUCUAAUGGAGACAAAUGAAUGGCAAAGACUUAUGAUAUUUAUGGUGUUCUUCACAUUCCUCUACUAUAUCUCAUUCAUUGGAUUCUUUCAUUAUCUUCUAAUGCAAAACAUUACUAUAAGUGAAAUGCAUUCAACAAUUGUUUUAGUUUUCUCACUAAUUGUUUGUACAAUUGUAUCGAUGAGUCUCAUCAAUGCAAUUGGUGUUGAAAUGGAUCAGUUUAAUCAUUGGAAACGAUUUAAUGCAGAAAUACAUGUAAUUAGAAAAACUGUUUGUUCAACCAAUGUGUGCACAAAAUAA